ACAAAGAAAAUCUUUUAUAAAAUCUCAUCAUAAAGAAUCUGAUAAAAAACCUUCAAAAAAUGACAAUCAAUCAUCUAAUGGCACAACAAAAUUACCUCAACAAAUACCUCCUAUACUGCCAUAUCAGUAUGAUGGAACUGGCAGAAGAAUUGGUGUUCGAAUCGCGUCACGUAAUUCUUAUUCACGUAAUACAAUUUCACGUAAUACAAUUUCUCGAAUUAGUAGUGCAAGUAGUAGUCUGGGAAGAAGAGGAGGAGGAAGAAGAUUGGCGAUGAUGAAGAAGGCUGUAGCGGCUGACCAGGACGAUGAUGACGAUGAUGAUCUGGAAUAUUUAAUGUCAAAAAGGAGUGGCACUGCAACUAGUUUUAGAAGUAAUAUAUAG